UGACCCUCUAAUGUCAGACUCUCUGAUUCCUUCUAACACACCACCUCUCUCAUUUUUUUGCACUUUUUUUGCAUUGGUUCUUUGUAGGAAGUUACUUCCCUCUGCUUUAUCCCAUGCUUUUUCUUUUCUUUUCUCUCUCUCUCUCUCUUGAACCUGCUUUAUUCCCAUUGAACUCACCUCUAAAAAGAAGACGAUCCUCCCUCGAUCCUCCUUGUGUUCAGAAACAACACAACCUCCCUUUCUCUCUCUCUCUCUCGCCCCCACCAAAAACCACAAAGGAAGAAGCCAAACACGCUCUUUUGCUCUUGUUUGUUCCCACAUACCACCCUGUUCCUAUUUUGGCAUGAACAUAUUUUAAACAGUGAGUGCUUCUGAAUCAGUUGCUAUAACUAUACGUCAAAUUAGGGAAUGGCAUCACCAUCAGAACUUACUCUUGAUUGCAAGCCCCAAAGCUAUUCCUUGCUACUCAAAUCCUUUGGAGAUCAAACUGAUCAGACCUACAAGCUUGAAGAAUUCCUCUCUCGCUUAGAGGAAGAACGUCUCAAGAUUGACGCCUUCAAGCGUGAGCUUCCUCUCUGCAUGCAACUUCUCACCAACGCCAUGGAGGCUUCAAGACAGCAACUUCAAGCCUUUAAAGUAAACCAUGGUGCAAAACCGGUUCUGGAAGAAUUCAUACCGAUGAAGCACUUGGCCUCAGAAAGCUCAGAGAAGGCAACAAACAUGUCUGACAAGGCAAAUUGGAUGACAUCUGCGCAACUUUGGAGCCAAGCGAGUGAAGGAGCCAAACACCAACCAACAUUAACAUCACCCAAAGAAGCUGAUAUAGGCUUCAGCAUCAGCCCCAAGCUGGCUCUGGACAACAAGCAGAGGAACGGUGGAGGAGCCUUCCUUCCAUUUUCAAAGGAAAGAAACUCCUGCCAAGGCUCCACAUUGCGGCCUCUACCUGAACUUGCCCUUGCCUCUUCGGAGAAAGAAAUGGAGGACAAGAAACGUGCAGAGGCAGAAAAGGGACUUUCGUGUCAGAAUAAGAAGGAAAAUUCUGGCAGUGAUGGAGCUGUGGUUGAUCAAGGAAAAAGUGGUAGCCCAGUUGCAUCAUCUCUUGCACAAACAACGACAACCACUUCGCAAACUCAUAGGAAAGCUAGAAGGUGCUGGUCACCAGACUUGCACCGUCGAUUUGUUAAUGCUCUCCAGAUGCUCGGUGGAUCACAAGUGGCAACCCCAAAGCAGAUAAGGGAGUUGAUGAAGGUUGACGGUUUGACCAAUGAUGAAGUUAAAAGCCAUUUGCAGAAAUAUAGGCUUCACACAAGAAGACCCAGUCCAAGUCCUCAAGCGAAUGCAGCAGCUCCACAGCUCGUGGUCCUAGGCGGAAUCUGGGUCCCACCGGAAUAUGCCACUGCGGCACACACAGCCACCCCAACUCUCUACGGCGCCCACCCAACCUCUCACGCCCCGCCGCCACACUACUGCACUGCCACUCCUGUGCCGCAAGAGUUCUACACUGCGGCGCCGCAGCAGCAGCUGCUUCCGCCUCCUCCGCCUCAUCACAACCCGUUGCACCACCUGCACAUGUACAAGGCAACGGCACACGGGCAUGGGUCGCCGGAGUCGGACGUUCCCGGCGGAGGAGAGAGGUCGGAGAGCAUUGAGGACGGGAAGUCGGAGAGUAGCAGCUGGAAGGGAGAGAGUGGGGAGAACGAAGGGGAGAGGAAAGGGAUUUGUGAAGAGAGCAAUGGGAGUGAAAUCACUCUGAAAUUCUAGGGUUUGUGAGAAAUGGUUUUAGAAUUAGGGUUUUGCUUGCAUCCUAUCCGACACUACCUAGCCAUGCAUGUUGAAGUAUUGAUUAACAAGAAUGGGAAGUAGAACAUAUUAUCCUAAGCUGUACUUUUUGCAUAUAUUUCUGUGGUAGAGGGUAAAAGAGGCAUAAAAGUGGACAUUUGUUUUGUUUUUGCUUUACCAGAUGCAAAGCAUCGAUGCUGCUAUGUAUGAGUAUAAGUGUACUACUAUGAAGGGAAGAAUUGGAUUCCUAUAAUUGGCAUUUUCUGGGUUACAAAUUUA